UUUUUCUUAGUAUAUAUUUACAUAUGCUAUGAGUAUAUCUUUUAAAAUUAUAUUAGAUUGGUAACAUUUCUAUGUGUUGGUUAAAAUAAGUUCGUCAUGUUGAUGCAACUGUCUUUUAAAUUUUAUCAGUUUUUCAUUUUGAUGUCAAAAAUAAAAUUUUAAUUUAAUUCAAGAAAAUGCUGACCACAUAUUGGAAUUCAAUUUUUACAGGUGCUCAACUUAGAAUAUUUACAUGGAGAGAAUUUCAAUUCUUGGUUUCAUUGUAGCCAUUCUCUAUUUCAUAACAACGGAACUUGCAUGUAAUGGUUAUACCCAUGUCGGCAACAACAUUCAAUCUGAACAAGAGACUCUUAUUGACUUCAAAAGUGGUCUCAAAGAUCCCAACAAUCGACUUUCAUCAUGGAAAGGAAGCAAUUAUUGCUACUGGCAAGGAAUUACUUGUGAAAAAGACACAGGAAUUGUCAUUUCCAUUGAUCUUCAUAACCCUUAUCCUCGUGAGAAUGUAUAUGAGAACUGGAGCUCUAUGAACUUGAGUGGAGAAAUUAGACCUUCAUUGACAAAACUCAAGUCUUUGAAAUAUCUAGAUUUGAGUUUCAACUCAUUCAAAGGCAUGCCAAUUCCUCAAUUCUUUGGGUCUUUGAAGAAUUUACUAUAUCUAAACUUAUCAGGUGCUGAGUUUAGUGGUACAAUUCCUUCAAAUUUUGGAAAUCUUUCUAAUUUGCGGUAUCUUGAUCUUUUUUCUGAAUAUCCGAGUUAUGAUGAUUUUGAAUAUUUUAAUGAUUUAUCUAUUGGCAAUAUUGAAUGGAUGGCUAGUCUUGUUUCCUUGAAGUAUCUUGGUAUGGAUUAUGUUAACCUCUCAUCAGUAGGAAGUGAAUGGGUCGAGGUGCUAAACAAACUUCCAAUUUUAACAGAGCUGCAUCUAGAUGGUUGUAGCCUCUCUGGCUCAAUUCCAUCUCCAAGCUUUGUUAACUUUACUUCACUUCGUGUUAUAAGCAUCAACUCGAACCAAUUCAUUUCCAUGUUUCCGGAAUGGCUUCUAAAUGUUAGCAGCCUUGGAUCCAUUGAUAUAAGCAACAAUCAAUUACAUGGGAGGAUUCCACUUGGUCUUGGUGAGCUACCCAAUUUGCAGCACUUAGAUCUAUCUUGGAACAAUCUCGAAGGCAGUAUCUCUCAAUUGUUGAGGAAGAGUUGGAAAAAGAUAGAAUUUCUCAAUUUGGGUGGAAUUAAAUUACAUGGUCCAAUUCCAAGCUUCUUUGGAAACUUUUGCAACUUAAAAUGUCUGAAUUUGGGUGAGAAUUACUUGAAUGGAAGUUUACCUGAGAUUAUCAAGGGAAUUGAAACCUGCAGUUCUAAAAGUCCUUUGCCUAAUUUGACGGAGUUAUACUUGUAUGAGAAUCAACUGAUGGGAAAAUUGCCAAAUUGGUUGGGUGAGCUUAAAAAUCUUAGGAGCCUCGGUUUAUCAAGCAACAAACUUGAAGGUCCCAUCCCUGCUUCUUUAUGGACAUUGCAACACCUGGAGUUCCUGUUCCUUGGAAUGAAUGGGCUGAAUGGAAGUCUCCCAGAUAGUAUUGGGCAACUUUCUCGAUUGCAACAAUUGGAUGUUUCUUACAAUGAUUUGAGUGGAAGUCUCCCAGAUAGUAUUGGACAGCUUUCAGAAUUGCAAGUAUUGGAUGUUGGUUCCAAUCAAUUGAGUGGAAGUAUCUCUGAACAACAUUUUUGGAAGCUAAGUACAUUGGAGCAUCUAUACAUGGACUCCAAUUCUUUCCGUUUGAAUGUUAGUCCCAAUUGGGUUCCCCCUUUCCAGGUGAAUGAUCUUGAUAUGGGUUCAUGCCACUUGGGUCCUUCAUUUCCGGUUUGGCUUCAAUCUCAGAAGAACCUCCAGUCUCUUGGUUUCUCAAAUGCUAGCAUUUCAAGUCGUAUUCCAAAUUGGUUUUGGAAUAUUUCUUUUAAUCUACAGUACUUAAGUCUUUCUCAAAAUCAGUUACAAGGUCAGUUACCAAAUUCAUUGAAUUUUUCUUCUCUUUUUCGCUCACAGUUCGAUUUCAGUUCCAACCUCUUUGAAGGACCUAUUCCUUUUUCAAUCAAAGGGGUGCGAUUUCUAGAUCUCUCCCAUAAUAAAUUUUCUGGCCUUAUCCCAUCAAACAUAGGUGAAUUCCUACCAAGCUUGUAUUUCCUUUCUAUUUCGAGUAAUCGAAUAACAGGGACCAUCCCAGAUUCCAUAGGACACCUCACCUCUCUUGAAGUCAUUGAUUUUUCAAGGAAUAAUUUGACCGGAAGCAUUCCUUCUACCAUAAAUAAUUGCUCUGCCCUACUUGUUUUAGACCUUGGAAAUAACAAUUUGUCUGGGAUGAUACCAAAGUCAUUAGGUCGGUUACAAUUGCUCCAAUCACUACACCUGAACAACAACAAGCUUUCAGGAGAGCUUCCCUCAUCUUUCCAAAAUUUAUCAAGUUUGGAACUCCUUGAUCUCAGUUAUAACGAAUUAUCGGGUAAGGUUCCAUCAUGGAUUGGAACUGCUUUCAUAAAUCUUUUAAUACUCAACUUGAGGUCGAAUGCCUUUUUUGGAAGACUUCCCGACCAACUUUCAAAUUUAAGCUCCCUACAUGUCUUAGACCUUGCACAAAACAAUUUGACUGGUAAAAUUCCAGUCACUUUGGUGGAGCUUAAAGCCAUGGCUCAGGAGCGUAACAUGGAUAUGUAUUCUUUGUAUCACAGUGGGAUUGGCUCUCGAUAUGAUGAAAGGUUGAUUGUGAUUACAAAAGGCCAAAGUCUUGAAUACACGAGGACUCUUUCUCUUGUUGUUAGCAUCGAUCUAUCCGACAAUAAUUUAAGUGGAGAGUUUCCCGAGGGAAUAACAAAAUUGUCUGGUUUGAUGUUUCUAAACUUGUCCAUGAAUCACAUCAUUGGCCAAAUUCCUGGAAGCAUUUCAAUGUUGCGUCAGUUGUCCUCUCUUGAUCUAUCAAGCAACAAGCUUUCUGGCACCAUUCCUUCAAGCAUGUCCUCGUUAACAUUCUUGGGUUAUUUGAAUCUAUCAAAUAAUAAUUUCUCUGGUAAGAUCCCCUUUACAGGGCAAAUGACAACUUUCACAGAGUUGGCCUUUACUGGAAACCCGAAUCUUUGUGGAACUCCACUAGUCACAAAAUGUCAGGAUGAAGACCUAGAUAAAAGGCAAAGUGUUCUUGAGGACAAAAUUGAUGGUGGCUAUAUUGAUCAGUGGUUUUACUUAAGCAUUGGCUUGGGAUUUGCAGUGGGCAUUUUAGUUCCUUAUUUUGUUUUGGCAAUAAGAAGAUCUUGGUGUGAUGCCUAUUUUGAUUUUGUGGACAAAAUUGUCAAGUGGCUACUGUUCAAAAGAAGAGUGACUUAUGCCAAAAAUCAUGCUCGAAGGCAAUAAAUUUUGUUUGUAGAUCUUCAUAUGCUUUAUGAUUUACUAUAAGCUUUGGAAGUGAAUUCCAUCACUAUUGUAAUAGAAGAAAUGGCUUUGCUUUUAAUCUAUUCAAUGAUAAUUACUUUAUGUUA